AUGGGUUAUCUCGAGGACGAGGACAAGAAGUACUUGGACGACGUCCAGGCCGUCAAGGCCUGGUGGACCGAUUCCAGAUGGCGACACACCAAGCGCCCUUUCUCAGCAGAGCAGAUUGUGGCCAAGCGUGGAAACCUGAAGAUUGAGUACCCGUCGAAUGUCCAGAGCAAGAAGCUCUGGAAAAUUCUGGAGAGCAAUUUCGAGAACAAAGUUGCUAGCUUCACCUACGGCUGUCUCGAACCCACCAUGGUCACCCAGAUGGCAAAGUACCUUGACACCGUCUAUGUCUCUGGCUGGCAGAGCUCUUCCACUGCCUCCUCUACCGAUGAGCCCUCUCCCGAUCUUGCUGAUUACCCCAUGAACACUGUGCCCAACAAGGUAAACCAGCUCUGGAUGGCCCAGCUGUUCCAUGACCGGAAACAGCGUGAGGAACGGAUCACGACACCCAAGGAGAAGCGCGGAAAUGUGGCAAACGUUGACUAUCUGCGUCCCAUCAUUGCUGACGCUGACACUGGACACGGCGGUUUGACCGCGGUCAUGAAGUUGACCAAGCUGUUUGUCGAGCGCGGUGCAGCUGGUAUCCACAUUGAGGACCAGGCCCCUGGUACCAAGAAGUGUGGCCAUAUGGCUGGAAAGGUUCUCGUGCCCAUUAGCGAACACAUCAACCGUUUGGUCGCCAUCCGUGCGCAGGCAGAUAUCAUGGGCACCGACCUUCUUGCCAUUGCUAGAACCGAUGCGGAAGCUGCUACUCUCAUCACCUCUACCAUCGAUCACCGCGACCAUGCCUUCAUCGUCGGCUCGACCAACCCCAACCUUCAGCCACUCGUAGAUCUCAUGGUGGCAGCCGAACAAGCUGGAAAACAGGGAGACGAGCUCCAGUCUAUCGAAGACCAGUGGGUUGCCCAGGCUGGCCUGAAGCUUUUCAACGAUGCCGUCAUUGAGGUCAUCAACAAGGGUGCCCACUCUAACAAGCAAUCCCUCAUUGAUCAAUACCUGAAGGCCGCCAAGGGCAAGAGCAACCUUGAAGCUCGCGCGAUCGCCAAGAACAUCACUGGACAGGACAUCUACUGGAACUGGGAUGCUCCUCGUACCCGUGAGGGCUACUACCGGCUCCAGGGUGGCACCCAGUGUGCCAUCAACCGUGGUCUUGCUUACGCUCCAUUCGCCGACCUCAUCUGGAUGGAGAGCAAGCUCCCCGAUUAUGCCCAGGCUAAGGAGUUUGCCGAAGGCAUUCACGCGGUUUGGCCCGAGCAAAAACUCUCCUACAACUUGUCGCCUUCGUUCAACUGGAAGAAGGCCAUGCCUCGCGAUGAGCAGGAGACGUACAUCAAGCGCCUGGGUGCUCUGGGUUACUGCUGGCAGUUCAUCACCCUGGCUGGUCUGCACACCACAGCCCUCAUUUCUGACCAGUUCGCCAAGGCCUACUCCAAGCAUGGCAUGCGCGCUUACGGUGAAUUGGUCCAAGAGCCGGAGAUGGAACAGGGAGUCGACGUGGUUACCCACCAAAAAUGGAGUGGUGCCAACUAUGUGGAUAACCUCCUGAAGAUGGUCACCGGCGGUGUAAGCAGCACUGCGGCCAUGGGCAAGGGUGUGACGGAAGAUCAGUUCAAGCACUGA